AUGACGGAAUCGCAGAGACUCAGUGGUGUAUUUACCACACGCUUUUGGGCCAAGGACGAGGGCCAGGAUGUGGGGACGGAGUUUCUGCUGGGGAGGCUUGGGAUGGCACAGAUCCCACGUGGACAACUGGAGUGUGGGGGAGGCCGACCCCAGGUGGUGUGUAAUUGUAGAUACCACUACAUGCUUCGGAGGUCAAAGAAAAUGAAAAUUGGAGAUACAGGGAUUGGGCAAGAGCCAGAGCAAACCACCAAACUUGAGAGGGUUGUAUAUGGUGAUGCAGGGUACUGCAAAAGCAAACCUGAGGUGAUCUUCAAGUUGGAACAGGGAGCAGAGUCAUGGACAGUGACAAAACCCCUAAAUCGGAGCCUGUCAGCAUUUCAUACAGGCACCAACUUGAGUCCUGGCUGCCCUACUUGUGAUGCAGUUCCCUGGAGGCCUGAUAAGAUGCAAGCUGCAGAGAAAUCUGAUGGCACUAAUGUACCUGGCAACUCAAGUGAAUGCUGGGAGCCUAUCAGUCAGCCUUACAAGAUUCAGACUUUUCAGCAGGUGUUUGAACACAGUAUAAGAGGCAAAGGGUUCAGCAGGAAAAGGGUGUUCUUUACAGAUGAAAAGGCUCAUAUGGGAGAUACCUGUAAUAAGUCAGUUGGCACUGUAGGAAAGACAACUGAACAUGGAAAGAAAACUUUCCAGAAAAAGUCCUACCACAGUAAACCUCAACAAACACACACAGGAAAGAAACUUUAUGAAUCUUUUGAGUAUGAGGAAACUCUCAUUUACAAAUCAGAUUUUACCACAAGUCAAAGAACAUAUACAGGAAAAAAAAUCUAUUCUUGUAACCCCUGUGGAAAAUCUUUCAAUUGUAAAUCCUGCCUUUCUAUCCAUCAUAGCACUCAGAAAGAGCAAAAGCCCUCUGGGUGCAAUGAAUGUGGGAAAUCCAUUUACCUGAGAUCAGAUACUACAAAUCUCAUGAUUCACUCAAGAUACAAAUCUUUCGCAUGUGAAACAUGUGGCAAAGCAUUUUAUUGGAAGUCGCAACUCAUUCUACAUCAGAGAAUUCACACAGGGGAGAAACCUUAUCAAUGUAAUACAUGUGGAGAAGGCUUUCAUGGGAAAACAAGCCUUAUUUCACAUCAAAGAAUUCACACAAAGGAGAAAUCAUACAAAUGUGAUAUAUGCAGAAAAGCCUUUUCCUGGAAGUCAAAUCUCACUAAGGUUCACAUAAAUGAGAAAACUUAUGGAUGUGAAAUGUGCGGAAAAACCUUUUGCUGGAAGUCAAACCUCACUACACAUCAGAGAAUUCACACAGGGGAUAAACCUUUUGAAUGUAAUACAUGUGAAAAAGCCUUUUGCUGA